AUGUCAUUUUUAUCUAACAACCACAAAAUUCAUUAUUACGAAAAAGGAGGUGAUCUUUUCCUUAAGGCUGAAAAUACAAUAUUUCUAAUUCAUAAAACAAUUCUUUCAUUAUCCUCCGAAUUCUUUGAAGAUUUAUUUAAACUCUCAACACUUUUAACUAAUAAAGAUGUGAGAAUUAUUGAAAGAACCGAAAAAUCCUCCAAUAACUCUUUUCCUACAAUUGAGGUGAAUAAUGAAACUUCUGAAUCAAUCGAAAGAAUGUUAUCAUUCAUUUAUCCAAAUGCUUUUGUUGAAAUAACUUGGGAAAAUGUUGAAGAUUAUUUAAGAAUUUCAGACAAAUUCAUUAUUAGUAAACUUACAAAAAGUUGUUCCGUAUUUCUUUUACAUCAUUUUCAGGAAAAUGUUUUAUUAUCAUUCAUUUUGGCUGAUAAAUACUCGUUUCCUAAAUUAUUCAAAGAAUCUUCUAAACUUGUAUUAGAUGAUUUACAAAAAUAUCGUUCUGAUUCUACUUACGAUGAAUUGUCUCCAAGAACAAAACUUAAACUAAUGGAUUCUUGGUUUCAUUAUACAAAUUCUUUACAUAAAUACUUUAAAAUCGUUAGUAAUAGAUCGAUAAAACAAACAGAAAAAGUAGACAAAGUAAAAGUAACUACAUUUAGUGACUUUCUAUCUUCUGGAUUUCCAGAUCUUUUUUUGAAACCCUCAGAGUUCUCUAAAUUUUAUAUAGAUAUUGAUGAUAAAUUUUCACGUAUGUAUAGAAAUCCACCAAGUAUCGGAGAAUUAUUUAAAAAUUACGAAAAAUUGAAUACAAAUGAAAAAAAACCCGCAAUUGAAAAUAUCACAAAAUACAUUUUCAUUGAAUUGGAAAACUAUUCCUUUUAA